ACUCAUUUAUAUGACCUUUUGAUAGAAGUCUUUGUUGGAUUCUUGGUUGGAUGGAGAAUUUAGUUCCUAUGCACCGGCCCAUGGAACUUAUCUUCCAAUGACACGUAAACAUUUUAAUGCCAAGAACACUAUUUUGAGUGUUCUACAACUAUUUUAAACAUGUAUUACUUCUGAGAUCUCUGCACAAUAGGAUUCAAACUGCCAUAGGCUUAUUUAGAGAAUUUAUGUUGUGGCAAAAGUAACUCAUCUUACCAGCUAAACUGAGGUUGAGUAGAUUUAUCAACUUUAGUAAAAGCUACUACUUCACUCCAUGCCAAAAUAAUCUGCAGAUUCGAUGCUUGUUUUAGCUAAAAGGAAAGGACUAUUAAAAUCUGUUUCAAGCUACUCCUCCUUUGACUGAGUUGGGUAAUCAAUUUGCUGCUGCGAUGUGCCAUUAAUGCUAGUCAAUGUAUCUUCUAAAUCUUAGCAUUUUUUAUGAAGAUUGUCAUGGCUUUUGGAACAUUGAAGGAGUAAAUUGUAAUUACAUGUAAUUGUAAACUUGAUUUCUUAAAAUUUCAUAACCACAUUUAUAGAAUUAAACUAUUAUGAAUUCUUCUUUACAGGCCCUUAUGUGCCUACUAAUACUUCUUGGAUUCGCUUUCUACCAGAGCAUUAUUGCUGCACACCCACUUUGCAAAACUUCUUUUCCGGAAAUAUUUCAAAUGGUUGACAGCAAUACAUCUUCUGGAUCUCCUGAAGAAACUCAAAACCCAGUUCCAGAUGGGAAUGCACCUUCAGAAAGUGAUCUUGUGCUUGAUACUCUAGCCCAAAAGGUUCAGGAGUCUCUCUCUCUCGAGAAAAGGCAUAAAUUUUGGGAAACUCAACCUGUUGGGCAGUUCAAGGAUGUAGGAAACACCAAUUUGCCCGAAGGCCCUAUUGAACCCCCAACUCCCUUAUCUGAGGUUAAACAAGAACCAUAUAAUCUUCCGAACCUCUAUGAAUGGAUUACUUGUGACAUCAACUCUGAGGAGCUGUGUAAUGAGGUUUAUAGCCUCCUUGCUAAUAAUUAUGUUGAAGAUGAUGAGAACAUGUUCAGAUUUAAUUACUCAAAGGAGUUUCUGCGCUGGGCUCUGCAACCUCCUGGUUAUUUCAGGGGUUGGCAUAUUGGUGUCCGUGUUAAAAGCUCCAAAAAAUUGGUUGCCUUUAUCACAGGUGUUCCUGCUAGAAUCCGAGUUCGUGAUGAGGUUGUUAAUAUGGCAGAGAUAAAUUUUCUGUGUGUGCAUAAGAAGCUUAGAUCGAAAAGGCUUGCUCCUGUUAUGAUCAAAGAGGUGACUAGAAGGGUGCAUUUGGAGAAUAUCUGGCAGGCGGCUUAUACUGCUGGGGUGGUACUUCCUACCCCAAUAGCGACCUGCCAAUACUGGCACAGAUCUUUAAAUCCAAAGAAGUUAAUUGAUGUUGGGUUCUCUCGUCUUGGUGCACGAAUGACAAUGAGUCGAACAAUCAAGCUUUAUAAGUUACCAGAGUCAACUGUCACUCCAGGAUUCAGAAAGAUGGAAAUUCAUGAUGUUCCUGCAGUUACUCGGCUACUUAGGAAUUACCUAAGCCAGUUUGUUGUUGCACCUCAUUUUGAUGAAAAUGAUGUCGAGCAUUGGCUUCUUCCAAGGGAGAAUGUUGUUGAUAGCUUUCUUGUUGAGAGUCCUGAAACUCAUGAGGUCACUGACUUCUGCAGUUUUUACACACUUCCUUCAACCAUCCUGGGAAACCAAAACUAUUCUAUUUUAAAAGCAGCGUAUUCCUAUUAUAAUGUUUCAACAAAGACCCCUUUGCUUCAGCUCAUGAAUGAUGCUCUCAUUGUUGCGAAACAAAAUGACUAUGAUGUUUUCAAUGCAUUGGAUGUUAUGCAGAAUGAAUCCUUCUUGAAGGAAUUGAAAUUUGGACCAGGUGAUGGGAAGCUUCACUACUAUCUUUACAACUACAGAAUAAGGCAGGCUCUGAAUCCAGCAGAGCUUGGACUUGUGCUUUUGUAGUCUGAAGUUUUGGAAUUUUAUUAUGGCAUGGAUGGAUGAAGAAAUCGUGACGGUUUGCUGGCUUUGUCUGGUUGCAUAACAUGUGGUGAGCCACGGUUGGAACUUUAGUUUUAUUUUUGGAAACAAACAAUUUUGCAAAUUCCUGGUAGAGGAAUUUGGCGUCAGUUAAGUUAGAAGUGGUUUAAUUUGAAGAAAUACCGUUUGCUAUUUGCAGUUUUUGGGCAUGGUCUUGAUUAUGUCAUUUAAGUUCGAUUGAAGAAAUCAUAACGGUUUUAUUACCAGAAUUCUAGACUAACUGGCAUGCAGCUGGUACAAAGCAUUGAAUUUUGGGAUUUUUUUUGGGUUAUUCUCA